AGCGAGCCCAGCUGUCCGGAGGAACAUUAUGCCAUGCUCUGCUGUUAAUUGUACGACAGACUGCCCAACAAGCCACUGCCCCAGUUGUUUCGUCACAGGACGUGGGGUUGAACAGCGAAGUCAGUUUAGAACCAGAACAAGAGCAGCAGGAUGAAUCUGAACCUGACACCCAGCCUGAAUCCAACCAGGGAACACCUGAGCCAACAAACAGCCCCGCAUCGCACACCGCCAUCGAGUUCCGCAUACAGCAGCUUCAAAACAGACGUUUCCUUCUGCUAAAGAUGCAGCAAUUCAGGACGAAGGCUGAGGACAGUAGUGGCAAGACCACAGAGGAAAUAACCAGUGAGGACAUCGCUGAAGUGUCUGAGCUGGAGGCGAUCCAGAAGGAGCUGGAGGAGCUGCUGGUUAAAAAGGAGGAGUUGGAGAAACAUGGAAAAAGCUCCAACCUCAGUAAACAGGAUGUGCACCCCCCUUUUUAUAAACCUGAGACACCCUGUGGGGGGAUCUACAUGCUGCCGCCUUUCCAGGAGAACGGUCCAUUGGGGGAAGGUAUGCCUGGAGAAGAAAGAGCAGUCGUUGCAGUGGAAAGUCUGGGUGAGACGCCAGCUGUCACCAAGUGUCCAUCCUGUCAAGAGGUCGUCUUCACAGAAACCCGCAAAAGAGUGGGCGAGACUAUGUGGCUAAUUUGCUGCUUAUGCUCCUUGAUUGGGUGUGUCGCAGGCUGCUGUGUAAUCCCUUUCUUUGUGGACCGUCUGAGGAAUGUCCAACACCAGUGUCCCCAUUGCCAGGCACAAAUCCGCACCCACCGGCCAGUUUGACAUGCAGGAUAUUAUAUUAACAAGCCCUGGUGCGAUUUGUACAUUACUAUUACAUGGCUUCUGUGCAUGUGUGACCAUUUCCUGGGAUCUGUUUGGGACUCGGCCGUAGCUGUCUUAUUUUUUUUUUUUUUACUCCAGUGCUACAUUAAGGAAACUUUCUGAUUUUGAUUUUCAUCUGGACAACGAGUUGUUUUACUGUUGACUCCAGAAUAUCUGCACAACAUGGACGGAAUUCAAGCUCUCUGUGCCAGAUGUAAAUACUGUUAUUCAAAACACUGUUCACUUCCAAUGCUCAAUAAUAUCUAGUUAAUGAUUCAGAUACUAACAACUCCUCAAGGCUGCACCAAAGACAUUGAUCCAUAUUUUAAAAAUGAGGCAUUUUUGCUGCUGUUGUUCGGAUACAGCCUACUGGUUUGUCAUCAAUCUAAUGACCUUUGUGACCGGUUUCCUUGGUUUAAGCAAGGUAUAUUUGGGAACACCCAUUAUCUGAAGGGAAAAUGGAAAUAUGUCGCAAAACAUAUGCAAAUAUGGGCCCAUAACCUAAACACAUCUAACAAAGAACUGUUUUCAUCCUACCACAACAUAAUUCAAAUGUAGUGGCUUUCUUGAUUCUUCUGUUAUUCUUCUGUUCACCAGUUAUUUGAAAGGCGAAAUUAUCCAUACUGGUAUUGUUGGCUAUGUGUUUUAUAAAAUAUUAAUUAUUUCUGUAAAGUAACUUAUACUGAGGCAUUCACAGUACACCAAAUUUUAUUGACACGUAAAGGCAUAUAGUACUUAUAUACAUCUUUUGGAGUAUUUACAAAAUAGUCAACCCAUGGAUGUUACAUAUGUAUAAAAAUAUGCAUUACAUCUAUAUAAAUAUGUACACAAUGUGCAAAACAUAUGGCAUACAAAUAACAAGAGGCAUGGUAUGGACGGUGGAGAUGGAGAGGCGACGCGGCUACAAUGAGGGAUGUAAAUCAAAUGUGUUUGCCCUGAUGUCUGUAAAAUACAUAUUUUAAUAAAAUGACUUGUACAGAG